GAGCUUAUAAAAUGGCUGCUGAGGAGCUUCAUUUCUGCAAACGGUGCGUCCAUCCCAAAUCUGAAGCUACCAAAUCGACCAAGAAGAGCAGUACAGCCGUGCUUAAUCAAGUGUAAGGUCCCGUCCGCAUCAACUCAUCAAAGGACGGAUGGAGUUUCUGGGAGGAUCAUUGGACGUGAAAAGGAGCAUUGGCAGCCAGAAGAGGAUGGACGGGAAGAGCGGCGGCGGGUCGUGGCGGUCGGCGCCGGUGCCGGUGAGGCAGCUGUUCUGGAGGGUGAGGCGAGCCAUGCUGCGGCCGAAGCGCGGGGCCGUGAGCUUCGGGUAUGAUCUCAAGAGCUACUCCCAGAACUUCGACGACGGCCUCGUCCCCGCCCACCGUCUCUAGCAACACCGGCACGGACAUACUAUUGUCUUCUUCAUCUUUUCAGUUUUAUUACUACUCGCCGCCCGGCCGGACCACGGCUCGUGGCUGGACAGUUGAAGCAUCGCCACCUUGUGAUCCGCUCCUCUAGCUUAGCUAGUAGGAGUAGUACAAUAGCUUACUACAGUAUUACUAGGAGUAGUUCUGUUAGUACACAAGAUGCCAACUAGGAAUGAAAUGACACAGCGUGUCAAUGUCGUUCUAUGCGCUCUUCGAAGAAGAAGCGAGCGAGACCACUAUCAGGUGCAUGUUACUGUCCAUUUCCUUCAGUUAUCUUCAAUACAAGUGUACACCUGUGAUGGACGUUCCAGAUGAGGCGAUACCCUCUCAGCCGUAAUCAAGUUGCUUCCGUGAAAA